AACAACAAGACUCGCUCGAUGGCAGGCGUCUCACUGCCAAUAUGAAAAAAGGAGUUAAAAAACUCCAUCACAAAACACGCGAUAGUGGAAUUUAUACGUUAUCCUUUAUUAUUAAAUAAUUUUAUUUUUAUAGUGUUAAUGCCUUGAAUAACAUAUUUUUAUUUAUUAGUGAAUAAUAGUUAAUUAUUGCAAAUGCGCUCAUCUCUCUAUAGUGCUCUGUGAUUGUUUUGUUUAAAAUAUUUACUGCUUCAACAAAACAAAUGCAAAUAUCAGUGACUGUGUAGUGUAAUUAUCAAAAUAACAAUAUAUGUUCGUGAUCGAUUCACUUAUUUGUGUCUCGAUUAGUGUGCGAUCGAAUUUGGAUUUAAGCACAUCACUAACUGUCAUCCAUAGGUGGAAAACCUACGAGAAUUGUGGACGACACUGUUUCAAAUAUGUGUUGUGAUUUGCAGAUGCUCUCGGUACAAGUGCCGGGGUGCGCGGGCAUGGAGCGGCUGGGCGCGCCGGGGGGACCGCGCCUACGGCACGAUCACAGACAUCACCAUUCCACAUUGGAAUGGGAAAAGCAGCAAAGGCUGCAAGCGAUGGUGGGGCGGUUGCAGGAGAUGGUGGAGCAAGAGACGCGCGCGCGAUCUGCCGCGGCCGCAGAGCGCCUCGGCCUGCCGCCCAGUAUACAACUGCCCGACGGCGAGUACGGACAGGACGUGCAUCUACAGUUACGAGUCCCUUAUCAGCAAGCCGAGCUGACGAGAAGCAGCUUCCAGCCUCCACCGAACAAGUGCGUGAGCGACGUGCCCGAGUGGGCGGGCGGCGCAGAGGCGGGCGCGGCGCGGCGCGGCGGCGGCAAGAAGGACGGGCUGCUGCAGAAGGCCACGCGCUGGUGGGUGCGCAUGGGCGCGCGGCCGGCGGCGCCGUUCCUGCCGGCCGCCGCGCCGCCGCCGUGCGUCAUGGUGCCGCGCCGCGCCGCGCCCGCCGCGCCGCCCGACGCGUGACGCCGCCGCGCCGCGCUCGCUCCGUCUCUACCAUAUCACGCUUACAUUCCAUUAUCGGGACGGUGGGACUCGCCGCAGUGCACGCGCGUCCCGGAGUAUUAUAGACUUGGUAUUUAUUUAUUCGGGGGCGGAGGCCCGCGCCGGUGCCCGCGCUCCUUCGGCGCGCCCGUCUUCCUCGCGCCGUCUAAGAGUUUCGCGAAAACUAAGACUGAAAUAAAGUAAAAAGAUAUAACGUUAUAAAGUCUACGUUGAAGUAUGUUGUCUUAGGUGAAAUUGAUUCAGAUAGAAACGAUUAAAGGUAUAUUAUAAUAUUUAAAGAAUCUUUCGACGGCGACCCUCGAUGAUAUCGUGUAUUAGGCGAGGGUCAGUCGACAGUGAGCUGAUGUCUUGCAGUGUACAGUUUCAUGUUUAAGUGACCUAUUUUAAUUUCUAUCCAGCAGCUAUAAAUCUGUGUUUAAACAACUUUUAUAUUUAUUUAUAAUUGUAUGUAAAGGAUGCAUAUCAGUACAGUAAAGGCAAGGAAUAUUAAUUUACGUUGCAUAGUUACUAUUUUAUUGUAAAUAUUGUCUCUAAUUUAAUAUUAUUAGAUUAAUUAUGGUUGAACGCCAGAACCCGGGGGUCUUUUCAAUUGAGUGUUUGCUACAUUCCAUAUUUAUGUUGAAAUAUUCUCGAUAAUACUUACUGUACUAGUUGCUUCCCACUGUCUACCUGUAGUCCUUGUAUGUCUGUAACAAUAUCUCGAGUGUCUGCACGCUCGGUUCUUGUUGGUAUCGAGCUGACAAUAAUUGACAAUUGAUUAGUGACUGAUAUUUAAAAUGCAGAUGAAUAGAAAUCUCAUUAGUAAAUAGACAUAAAUGAAAAAUAUUAAAUGAAUUAGUUUUAAAUUAGCUGUUUAUUAUUUAUAUAAUUAGGUCGGUUGUUCAUAUCCUGAAUAUAUGUUUUUCAUUUCACCGUUGCUCACUAAUGUUGGCGUGACAAAUUAUAUAAUAAACACUCAGGAUAUGCACCGCCGGCCGAUACUAGUUGAAAGUGUCACGAUAGUCAUUAACUAUUCUCGGCAGAUUGAGUUAAAUUGUGUUUUGUCAUUACCAUGGUUGUAAAACACCGUUUGUGUUCGUCCAUUGAGCUGUAAUGGGCGCUCGCCUACUCAUCCACUCCUUUAUCGAUAGUUUGCAGUGAACACUUGUAUUUUUCCUGUACAUAUAAUAAGUCAAAGUGUAUUGACUUUUAAUACAAUUACGGGUCUUAAGCCUAACACUUGCCGUUAGCAAAGUACAAUGCUGGACGCUAAAGUAUUCUACAAUAAAAUGGCGCAAUACAUGUUUUUUUUUACUGUAAUAAUAAUAUAUACAUAUUUUUCAAAGCUUCUUGGAAUAAAGAGGAAAGCAAAUUAUUAUUAUAUAAAUUGUUUAUAAUUUGAUUAAGAUAAUAAAUUCUAGUCGCUACUAAAAAUGUAGAUCGAUUUUUAUUACUUAUUUAUAAAAGCUUGAAGACGUUUAUAUAUUUAUAACAAUGUCUGGAUUUGUAUACAGCACAAGACAAACAAAGGAAUGAAAUUCAAAUGUGCCCUAUUUUCCAAAUGCCUAUAACAUAAGUACCUUCUUGUUACAUAAGAGAUAGAGUAGUGCAUUAUUAUCGCGAGUGUGCGUCAGUGCGUGUGUACAUAUGCGUUGUCUCGCUCACGUAUUGUAUAUGGAGCGAAACAAUCCUUUGUCUAUAUCGCUAGUUAAGAAGCACAAAACGUUGCGCAUUUUAUUGAAUCUAUUACCUUGACAGCAUUGGAGUGCUAUACGCGGCCAUUUUUACGGACUGAAACAUAAUGUAAUGUUCAAAAUAUUAAAAUAACUAAGUAAUUAUUAUUACUUAAAACCAAUUUGUUUUGUAUAUUUAUUGUUUGUCUUCGAUGUUUAAAUAUGGCGAUUGAUAAAUAGUUCGUUGAAAGACAAUUUAGUAUUUAUUUUAAACUAUUUGUAUAUACUUAACUAUAUAAGAAACAACUGUUGUGGCCUACACCUUUAAAUAGAGGGUCAGAUCAUCACUUAAGAUGGCAUGACAUAUAUUCUUAAAAAUAAUGUGCAUGAAGCGAAUCUCUCUCUGCAACUAACUUCGGAGGUGCGAGAGAAUGUAUCUUAACAUCACUAAAUAAUCGAGUUGUACAGUAUUCUGUCAUAACUAGACAAAAAUAGAGAAAUUUACUAGGUAGCCAAUUUCUGUAUUUUUGUUUCUUUAAUUUUAUGGUCACAAGUAUUCUGUUACUUAAUCAGCUUAUCAUUUUACUUUGUCCCGCCAUGUCUUUUCGUUGCCUUAAAUAUAAUUAGUAUCAAAAUGCUUUUAUAGCAAUUGUUGUACAAAAUGCUGAUGGAAAUAUAAAAGUUGUUUAAAAUAGUUUCACAGAAUAGAUAUUUAAUCUAGAUAUCAAACAAUAUUCCAUUUGUCAUAUUAAUAAGUAAAGCAGAAGCAAAUGUUUAAUAAUAAAAGAAAACUGCAUUAAAUUAUGACCUACCAAUAAUGA